GGGCCGCUUCGCCACACGGGAGGGAGACGCCGCCUGGCCCGGCACGACCCCGCCCGGCCUCCCAGACGAGCACGACGCCUCCUCCUCCUCCUCCUCCUCCCUGGCUGCUGCCGCUGCUUGCCUUGCGCCAGUGCCGCCGCCGCCGCUGCCUCGGAGAGACCCGGACACGCGGCCAGGGCGGGGACAUGCUGCUCUCCAAGAUCAACUCGCUGGCCCACCUGUGCUCCUCCGCGCCGGGAGGGGACCUGCACCCGGCCAAGCCCCUGCCAGGGAAGGAAAAGGAGCCCCUGGACAAGCUCUACCAAGUGGGCCCUCUGCUCGGCAGCGGGGGCUUCGGCUCGGUCUACUCCGGCACCCGGCUGGCGGAUGGGGUCCCGGUGGCCAUUAAGCAUGUGUCCCGAGACAGGGUUUCAGAGUGGGGAGAACUGCCCGGUGGGACCAGGGUGCCCAUGGAGAUCUUGCUCCUCAAGAAGGUCGGCUCCGGCUUUCGAGGCGUGAUCCGGCUCCUGGAUUGGUUUGAGAGGCCAGACAGUUUCAUCUUGGUUUUGGAAAGGCCGGAUCACGUCCAGGAUCUCUUCGACUUCAUCACGGAGCGAGGGGCUCUGCCGGAGGAUUUGGCCCGCAGUUUUUUCCGCCAGGUUUUGGAGGCCGUUCGACAUUGUCACAGCUGCGGGGUCCUGCACCGGGACAUCAAGGACGAGAAUAUUCUCAUUGAUCUAAGUAAGGGAGAGCUCAAACUUAUAGACUUUGGAUCCGGAGCGCUCCUCAAGGACACAGUGUACACUGACUUCGAUGGAACGCGUGUAUAUAGUCCUCCAGAAUGGAUUCGGUUUCACAGAUACCAUGGCAGAUCUGCUGCUGUCUGGUCACUUGGUGUAUUACUUUAUGACAUGGUCUGUGGAGAUAUCCCUUUCGAGCACGAUGAAGAGAUCAUAAGGGGUCAAGUCUAUUUUCGACAAAGGGUUUCUCCAGAAUGCCAGCAUCUCAUUAAGUGGUGUUUAGCUCUGAGGCCUUCAGACCGGCCAUCUUUUGAAGACCUUCUGAACCAUUCUUGGAUGCAAGAUGUCCUUCUGCCUCAAGAAACGGCAGAGAUCCACUUGCACAGUCUGAUUCAAGAAUCUAGCAAAUAGUAAUGUGUCUCCACAAUAGGGUGCAAAGCAGAAUUCUGCCCUACUAAGCCUGGCUGAGUGGGGAUUUUUACAGGAACACAGUUCCUCUCAUUCCAGACACAGGCUGCCUUGAGACUUCUCCAUGUCUGAAGAAACCCAUCUCCUGCUAGAGUGGACUAGAACUCUUUGGGCUUGCCUUGCAAAUCUCCUUGCCACUUGGGCAAAUCCAUGCAUCUCCAUAACCUGCUGAAUCCUACAAUAUGAAAUGAGGGAAGCAGAGAACUAGAACAGAUGCUUCAGCUGGGAGAAUCUGGGUACAGGAGCAGGGAAGGAAGGUACUGAUUUGAAGUGGCUGCCCGUCUUCACUGUGUCAUCUGAUCUGAGUGCCUUCAGUUGCAAAUUCAGCUGUGCUGGAGGAACAUACUUGAAUAUUCCUUCAUUGCUACUGUCUCAAGAUUCUCCUGUGCUAUUCCACCUUUUAAAAAAAGAAGUACUUCAGAAGAGGCUGGGGGGAUAGGCUGGCACACUUGAGAUUCUCAUUUAUAGUCCAGUAUGAAUUCUUUUGAGUUUGCUCUUUCAACCUAUUGAGCGAAGGUGUCUUCAACUGCACAAACAAUGCAAACAUACUAACUGUAAAUUUGUACAGAACAGUACAGGAACAAAGCUUGGUGUACAGAAGAUUGUAGUUUAUAAUGUUUUUACUUCUGUUGUUUUUUAAUUUAUUUCUAGGAUUUUUAAAAUGGAAUGUCCUAAUUUGUAGGAUGUUAUUUAUUUAAUUUAUGAAUCACCUCACUGCUUCAGCUGCUGACCUGGUUUCCUCACACUGCCCUUUCCUCUUCCUCCUGCUCCCAUUCCCUUCCUCAUUGGGUUUUCUUGCCUCUUGUUCUGCUCUGUUUGAUGUCUUGCCACUGUAUGGAGCAGCUGACCACCUUUCAGCCAUCUAUAAAUAUUUCCAGCUGUGGGCUGUUCAGCCUCUGUUUGAGACAUGUUUCCACAGGUAUUAGAGCAGUGGUCCCCAAACUGCUUUUUAAGAGAUUUUGGACUUCAGCUCCCAGAAUCUUAAACUAUUGGCCAAUGUGGCUGAGGCUUCUGGG